UGCAAUAUUUGUCCGAUCAUCAGUCAUAGCAAAUUGUACGAACAGUUACCAAGUUUGUAGAAGAAAAAACAAUUCUUAAAAAUGUAUUCACUUAAAAUAUUCGUAAUUGCCGCCAUAAUGAUAGGAGCAAGCAGUAGAAGUGUGCCAAAAGAAAGAAUAGGAUCUUACGUACUAGUUGAAGAAGAUGAUGACAUGUUAGUCUACGCUUUAGUAGAUGACUCAUCAGAACCAGUAUCUAUAACAGAAGUACAUCCACAAAGAGUUAGAAGACAGGCACAUGGUAGUAUAAACUCAAACCCAGAUGGCAGUUCAAAUGUAGCCGCAAAGAUACCAAUAGCUCGAGGUGAUAGCAAUGUGUUGAGUGCUAUCGGGUCAGUCAACGGAGCGAAUGGAAAAGGAGGUUUCGGCUCAGCUGGAGGUGGUUUGGCUUGGGACAAUAUUAAGGGUCAUGGAGCAACAUUAACUGCAAGCCGCAUCCCCGGCGUUGCCGACCAGCUGACCGCAGCUGGCAAAGCAAAUCUAUUCCACAAUGACCAUCAUGAUAUCACCGCUAAUGCCUUCGCUACAAGAACUUUCCCAGACAAACCCAACUUUCCCACAUUUGACACAUACGGCGGUAAAGUUGGAUACACAUUCAAUGACAAAAUUGGAGCAUCCCUAGGCGCAGCACAUACGGACCUUUUCAAGAAGACCGACUACUCAGCGAUGGGUAACCUGAACCUGUUCAAGGACCGCAGUUCCUCGCUGGACCUAAACGCAGGCUGGAGCAAGUCUGUUUCCCCGUAUAUACCCAACAGCAGAUGGGAGCCCAGUGGUGGUCUUUCCUUCACCAGAUUCUUUUAAGAUAUUUAACUUAUGAUUAUUUAAUUAAUAUUUUAAUAUAGUACAAUAAACAUAUAUAACACAAUA